AUGGAAUCAACAACCAUUUUUAGUGUCGUUACCAGUGCAGUUAGCUUACCAGCUGAGAGUGACUACCUUUGGAUGCUUGUGUUGGGCUUUGUCAUAGCCUUUGUGCUAGCUUUCUCAGUUGGUGCCAAUGAUGUAGCAAACUCUUUUGGCACGGCUGUAGGCUCUGGUGUGGUAACCCUUCGACAAGCUUGUAUCUUGGCAUCCAUCUUUGAAACUGUGGGCUCUGUUUUACUGGGCGCGAAAGUAAGCGAAACCAUCCGGAAAGGCCUGAUUGAUGUCAAUAUGUACAACUCUACACAGCAGCUGCUAAUGGCUGGAUCCAUCAGUUCUAUGUUUGGUUCUGCUGUGUGGCAACUUGUUGCUUCCUUCCUAAAGCUACCGAUCUCUGGAACACACUGCAUUGUAGGAGCCACCAUUGGCUUCUCCCUGGUAGCUAAAGGACAGGAAGGUGUUAAAUGGUCUGAGCUGCUUCGUAUUGUGUUGUCCUGGUUCAUUUCUCCGCUGCUAUCUGGAAUCAUGUCUGCUCUUCUCUUCUUCCUUGUCAGAAUGUUCAUCUUGCGCAAGGCUGACCCUGUACCCAAUGGACUGCGAGCUCUGCCAGUCUUCUAUGCCUGUACAAUUGGAAUAAACCUGUUCUCAAUCAUGUACACAGGCGCUCCCCUUCUUGGAUUUGACAAAAUUCCUCUGUGGGGCAUCAUUCUCAUCUCUGUAGGAUGUGCUGUGAUUUGUGCUGUGUUAGUCUGGUUCGUCAUUUGUCCCAGGAUGAAGAAGAAAAUAGAACGUGAAAUAAAGUCCAGCCCCUCAGAAUCUCCACUGAUGGAAACGAAGAACCAAGAUCACAGUCAUAUCUUGAAACAAGAUCAAGAUGUGAAGACUAAGGUGCCCAUUCUAGACAUGGUGUCUGUGCCUAUACCCUCCCGGGUAGUAGAAGAACGUACUGUGACCUUCAAGAUGGGUGAUGGAGAUGAUGUGUCAGAGAGAGAAAAGAGCCAAAGUAUGGAGACCAACAUUGACCAGCCAAUAAGUGGAUCCAUUCCACUGCCAAAUGGAAACCAUGUUCAGUUCAGCCAAACUGUUAGUAAUCAAAUUAAUUCUACUGGUCAGUAUCAAUACCACACAGUGCAUAAGGAUUCAGGCCUGUACAAAGAGCUGCUACACAAGUUGCAUUUGGCCAAAGUAGGAGAUUGUAUGGGAGAUUCAGGGGAGAAGCCCCUACGCCGCAACAACAGUUACACCUCAUACACCAUGGCAAUCUGUGGAAUGCCACUGGACUCCUUUCGAAAUCGGGAGGUUGAGGCACGCCCUGAAGAAGCUGAGAAGUUGACUUGGAAUGGAGCAGAUGGGAAGAAGAGGGCUCGCAUGGACAGCUACACCAGUUAUUGCAAUGCAGUUGCUGAUACACAUCGGGAUGUUGGCGAACAGGAGGAAGGAAACACAGAGGAAGAAGUGGCAGAAAGGAAGAGCAGCAACUCUUCCUUACAGGAAUGGCAUGACCAGGACAAGCCUGAGGUGUCCCUACUCUUCCAGUUUCUGCAGAUCCUCACUGCCUGUUUUGGCUCCUUUGCUCAUGGUGGAAAUGAUGUCAGCAAUGCUAUUGGACCACUGGUUGCCUUGUGGCUGGUUUAUGAAACUAGAGAUGUGAACACCAAAGCUUCUACCCCACUUUGGCUGCUCCUGUAUGGAGGCAUCGGUAUCUGCAUUGGCUUAUGGGUCUGGGGACGUAGGGUCAUCCAGACUAUGGGCAAAGAUCUAACUCCUAUUACACCAUCAAGUGGUUUCAGCAUUGAGUUGGCAUCUGCUCUAACUGUUGUGAUUGCGUCUAAUGUUGGUCUGCCAAUCAGUACUACACAUUGCAAGGUUGGUUCUGUGGUGUCAGUGGGAUGGCUGCGUUCUAAGAAAGCUGUGGAUUGGCGGCUCUUCAGAAAUAUCUUCUUAGCCUGGUUUGUCACUGUGCCGAUCUCUGGCCUGAUCAGUGCAGGCAUCAUGGCACUCUUCAAAUAUGCCAUCCUCCGGGUUUGA